AUGUUUGCGACGACAACCCACCACCAAACGCACCUUUCGUCCUCCUCUUUGGCUGGAUCGAAGAAUAACCAGCGAUCGUGCCGCUGCGCGCGACCGAGGACGACGACAAAGAUGAUGAUGAUGAUGAUGAUGAAUUCCCCAGAAAGCAAAUCAUCAUCGUCCAAUUCGUUAACCUCUUCCUCCUCUUUGUUCGGGAAUAACAACGAUUUUGCUGCGUCUUCUUUAAGACGCCAGAUUGCGAGAACGACCACGUUAUCGAAAUCGAAAGUGGUGAAAGUAUCCGCCGCCGCGUCGUUUGAGAUUUCCCAAGAGGUGAAGAAGACGGCGUUGUUAGGCGUCCUCUUCGGUGGUUGGUACGCGUUUAACAUCGUUUUCAACAUUUACAACAAGCAAGUGUUGAAAGCGUUCCCGUAUCCGUGGCACUGCACGAUGUUCCAAUUCGUGGGUGGAUGCGUUUUAAUCGCUCUCAUGUGGGGUUUGAACUUAGUGGAAAGACCGAAGAAGGAGGUUUUCUCCACGGAGAAUUUGAAGAUGGUAUUGCCGCUGGCGAUGAUUCAUACGCUCGGAAACUUGUUGACGAACAUCUCGUUGGGUAAAGUUGCGGUGAGUUUUACGCACACAAUCAAAGCGAUGGAACCGUUUUUUAGCGUUUUGUUUUCGUAUUUGUUUUUAGGGGCGACGCCGAGUCCAGCAGUCGUGGCUGCGUUGGUGCCGGUGGUUGGCGGCGUCGCGUUGGCGAGUUUGGCGGAGGCGAGCUUUAAUUGGAUCGGUUUUGGCGCCGCCAUGGGGUCGAACGUCGUCUUUCAGUCCAGAAACGUUUUCUCGAAGAAAGUUAUGGGAGGGAACAAAGGCGUGAAGAUGGAUAACAUCACUUUGUUUUCCGUGAUGACGUUGUUGAGUGCGGUGAUUUCCUUACCGUUGGCGGUGGUUGUCGAAGGCGUGAAAUUCACGCCGGCGGCGUUGGCCACGAGCGGGUUCCCGUUGGCGGACAUGAUCCAAAGAGUAUUUAUUACCGGGGCGACGUUCCACUUGUACCAACAAGUCUCGUAUAUGAUUUUGCAACAAGUGACUCCAGUCACGCACUCGGUCGGUAACUGCGUGAAGAGGGUGGUUGUCAUCGCCUCCUCGGUGUUGUUCUUCCGCAACCCGGUGUCUCCGUUGAACUUGGCCGGCACAGCCAUCGCGUUGGCGGGCGUCUUUGCGUACUCGCAAGUCGCGAAGAAAGGUGGUGGUGGUAAAUCUUCUGGCGGCGCUUACACGGACGAGUUCAGACGGAUCACCGGUUUGGUGAACUUGAAAGACAACUAA